AUGGCAAGAACUAGCAAAGGUUCCAAACCAGACUUCCACCAAGCAGCCAAAGGAGCUGAUGCAAAAGUCUUAUACGAUCUUUUCUUAUUAAAAUUGAGAGCUGUAAUGGGCGAAGAUAACGUUAAGGAUGGUGUUUUUGGUGCUAUGAUGGAUGUGGCAUUAGUUAAUGAAGGCCCUGUCACUUUGACUUUGGAUACAGAUAACUUGAAAUAA